CUUUUGUUUCCUGUAAAAUCUGUGUGUUGCUGUGCUGGGAUCCCAUCAUUUUGACCUGGAUUUACAAUUAAGAUAACAGAUUUCCAACUCUUUGAAUCAAUUUACUUAAAGAUAUUCCUCUGAACAAAUUGGGCAGGGAAUUGCCUGCUAAGAAGACUGCAAAAUGGGAAACUGCAUGACUUUAAGGAAUGAGACGCCAUAUUCUUUCUCAUAUUGCUACUGCUAUCAAGCGUCACAGCAUGAUAUACAGGGAUCUGGACAAAUUGGUGCAGGAGGAUCAGCUGAAUUCCGUCAUCUUACACUACCCAGCUUCUUUUAUCUAAAAUACAAAUCACACCCAGCAAAUGAAGUGCGAUACAAAUUUGAUCUAUUCCGUGAAUACAACCCGAUUGAUAAUCCUACUCUCUACUUACGGGUGCGAGGAUACGACCAGUCAAUUUUUGAGCUGACAUGUGACCGAGGUGGCCCUGUUUCUACUUGUCCUAAUUAUGGAAAACAAGAAGAAGACAGAAUUCGGAUGGAAAAAGAAAAACAGGAAAGAGAGCAAAUGGACGCAAAGAGGAGGGCAGAAGAAGAGAAGAAGAGGGCAGAAGAAGAGAGGAAGAGGGAAGAAGAGAGGAGGAGGGCAGAAGAAGAAAGGCGGAAGGCCGAAGAAGAGAAGAAAAAGGCAGAAGAAGCAAAGAGGAAGGCAGAAGAAGAGAGAAGGAAGGCAGAAGAAGAAAAGAGGAGACAAGAGAGAUUAGAUAAAGAGAAAAGAAUUCAGGAGGAGAUGGAAAAUGAAACAAAGUCUCUUGAAGAAAAACUCUCACAAACUAAAGAGAGGCUCCGGGCAAAACGAUUUCAAGCUGUAGAAUUCCAAGAACGUUCUCACAUCUUGAACUUUGUGGUGGAGGAUGAUGCUCUUACCAUCCAAACCAAUGAGAUUAAAGAUGCUGAAGAGAAGUUUAAUAAACUCAUGAAAGAUUACAAUAUUCAGGAAAAUGAAGUAAUGUUAUCAAGAAAGAUAGCAGAGCGAAUCAUGGCCCUACAGCAUCAAGUUGUGGCUGAAUAUUCCAGGAAAAAUAAUUUACCCACCUGUUGUUUAGAGAACUUGAAUGACAUUUUCAAUUAUGAGAACCUCUCCUUAACCGAAAAUAUCAAACUUCUUGAUGCAAUGAUUAGUGUUUCUCUGACUGAGUCAGCAGCAGCAGAUCAGCAAAUGUUAAAAAAUAAUAGUAAAAUAGAAGCAAAGACAUAUUACCUGACACUCAUCAUCAAUAAACUUUACAAAGAAAGCAAGACCAUAGCUAAACAUGUAAUGCAAUGCAUUGUAGGUAGUUUUUCAACUUGUAACCAGGAGUUCAUCAGUCAGAUCCUAUUCAAUGAAAUUUGGACUCCAGUACAAGCUUUGCAAUUCUAUCUAGAGGCAUGCAGCAGAAAUACACCUCAAGACAAAGUUGAGCGAAUUCUGCUUGAGGCACAAACUUACGUGAUAUCAGCAAAUAAAGCAAUCUCUGCACUUAAUGAAAAUGACCCCCUAAUGUAUCUGAAAAUGCAAAGAGUGGAGCAGGACAAAGAUGUAAAGUCAAUUGUAGAGGAAAUGAGAUCUCAUGGUCACCCUGAAAAACUCCUAAAAAUUCUUGAAGUGGUGGUACAGGAAGUAGUUAGAAUACUCCCUAGUUUUCCAAUUAAAGAUCUAGAUGAAAAAAUGAAGACAGAAGGAAUCCAAGAAUUAAGAAAUCUUGACAUAGAAAAUCCUAAAAUCGAAAGUCUAGUCAAAAUUUUGAUUGGAUUAUCAGUUGCUGUUGAAGACACAACAACUUUACAAAGUGGGAAAGGUUACUUUCCACGUGCCACCCAGCUUGCUUCUCUGCUAACUCUCCUCUUGUCCAAGACACCAGACACCAAGAGUUGCCUUUUAGAGAUUGCUACAGGGGAAGGGAAAUCUUCAAUAGUGGCAAUGUUUGCAUUAAUACAGGCCAUUAGAGGAAAAACUGUGGAUAUCAUAACUAGCAGCCCUGUGUUGGCCCGUCGUGACCAGGAAGAGUGGAAGAAAUUGUAUGAAAUGUUUGAUGUAACUUGUAGUGUGAUUCCUCCCAAAGGAAUAGAUGAAUGUUCUGACUCUAGGGAUAGAAAUAAACUCCUUAAAGAUGCUUAUAAAUGUGAUGUUGUGUAUGGAACCGUAGAUGCCUUUGCAGCAGACAUCCUUAGACAGGAAUUUGAAAAAAAGACAACUAGAGGCAAUCGUAAAUUUGAAAUUGCCCUUGUAGAUGAAGUAGAUUAUAUGACACUAGACAAUGGCGUUCAGAUCACUUUCCUCUCUCAUGAUGCCACUGGCAUGCGCCACUUAGAUCAGUUACUAACAGCAAUAUGGGCACGAGUGUGUUUCUGCCAGAGAAUUGAAGAAGCAGAGACAGGUGACAUUUUCUGGACAACUGGAAUACAAUAUUUCCAUAAGUUAAUAACAGAUGCUGUGCUGGGGCAAGAAACAUCUGAAAAUUUCAGUCCUGAUGAAAUUCUGAUUUGUGCUGUGCAAGAAGGAUUCCUUGGAGAAGAGGAUUUGGAUAUAAUAAAAGCAGAAAAAAAUCAGUCAGUUGUAUCUUCCACUAAAGAUGUGGAAAACAAUUCAAUGGGAAAGCUACUUAAAAAACUAGGACCACCUCAACAGAAAGCUCUUUUGACAAUAUUUGGAAAAGCCUUAGAUGAUGUUGUUAAAUUUAAAUUUUAUGAGUUAAAGAAUGGAAAAGCAUCCUUUACAGAAUCUAGCUGUGAGUCAGAUGAUAGUCACGCCAUCUCUGUGCUGCUUCUGGAAGAAGGAAAAGCAUGUUUAUUGAUGAGUGAAAAAAAUUUAAUUGAGGCAACAGCAGAGGAAAUCUCAUCUAAAACCAAAUAUUCUGACACCUAUCAACCAACUGAUAUUAAGGAUAGUGAGGGAAAUUCCAUUCUUCUGCCAGGGUUUUUAAAAGAAUACAUAAAGAAUAGACUCAAUGUCUUUGUGGAGAAUGCUCUUAGAGCCUUAGUGAUGGAGAAAGGGAGACAGUAUACAAUUGAUUCCAGAGAAAAUUCUGACUCACAUGAAAGUGACUGUAUAAUUCCUAUUGAUUUCAAAUCAACAGGAGUUCUUGAAAAGAACAAGCGCUGGGGAGAUGGACUACAGCAGUUCCUUGAGAUAAAGCAUCAACUCGCUAUAACUUCUUUGUCUAAUGUAACCAAUUUCAUGUCCAACUUUCACUUCUUUCAACGAUACUCCUGCACUUCUGGAGUAUAUGGGGUAUCUGGGACUCUGGGUGAUGAGAGUGAUUUCAUAUUUUUAAAAAAACAUUUUAAAACAAGUUGCUAUCCCAUGCCCACUCAUCGAUACACCAAGAAAGUAGAAAUACCAGCUAUUCAGGUGGGAGGAGGUAAAGAGGCAUGGAUCACAGAAAUAUGUAAGUAUGUUAAGAAAAGGACAAGUCCCAAAGAAUGGAUCAAAGGUCAAGCUGUCCUGGUGAUUUGUGAAGAUGUCAAAACAGCAGAAGAACUCCAGUUGAAACUAAUAGAACUUAAGGCAGUUUCCAGCCCUGAAAAGAUUACCCUUUAUACCAGAAAUGAUAAGCAUGAUGUAGAGAAGCGAGUUUUUGAUUCUGGAGAUGUGAUUUUGGCAACAAACUUGGGUGGUAGAGGAACAGACAUUAAAGUCACAGAGAAUGUGAACCGUAGUGGAGGUUUAUUUGUUUAUCUUACUCAUUUCCCUGCUAACAUGAGGGUUGAGAAACAAAUAUUCGGGCGCACAUCACGUAAAGGAAACCCGGGAGGGGUUCAAAUGAUAAUAAAUCAGCAAGAUCUGUCUCCCUCAUAUAAAGGACAACCCGUUGAAAUAAUGAGGGACAGGAGGGAGUGGUAUGAAGAUCAGCGUAUCUUAGACAUGGAGAAGGAUGAGCUCUUGGAAGUAAACAUGCGUCAUGAGCUUUUCACCCUCUUUUGUAAUUUCCUUGAUGAGUUCAAGAACAAUUACUCUUCAACUGAGAAAUCUGAUAUUUAUAACAUCAAGGAUUUAAAAAGCUACAUGUCUGCUUUGUCCAGCAGUACUAAAUUAGAUUAUCAACCUGCUCUUAAUUCCCUAAAGGAAACAUGGGCUAUAUGGCUUACGUUACAUGAAGAAGACAUAAAUAAUCACAAAGAUCUAAUGAAACUGAAAGAUGACCUGAGCAAACUCCUAAAAUCUAGAUCUGAAAAUCUUCUACAGGGGAAUUCUCACAAUUUUUAUGAUUUCAUAAAAAUAGCCAUGGAUCGAACAUAUUUACAUAUCAACAAUCAUGGGGAUGACUAUGGUGCCCUAGUUUACUGGAAGAAAGUAGAAAAUACUGACCCCAUCUAUCGUUCCAUCUCACUUUACAAUCGUGCUUUUAUAACUAUCAAUCGUGAAAAGGAAAAUUAUGAACAGGUAGCCAUAGACCUUCUGAAAGAGGCAAAGAAGUCUAUGAAUGUGUAUAUCUGUGAAGCAACUAACACAAACUCUUUUGGAAACAUAACACAUAGUAAAAUGUUUGAGCCUCACCAUGAAGAAGCCAAUUUUACUUUACAGAUUCAAACAAGAAUGAGUUUACUCAAAUCUUGGGUAAAUUAUAUUGAUAAGUCCAUUAAAAAAUUAGAAGAUCUUAAAUCAAAAAAAGAAGAUGCAAUAACCAAAGAGAUUGCAAUCUUUAGUCUAGCAGACAACUAUGGCAAUAUAGUUGCCGCUGAGCUAUCUCUUCUUUAUGAUUAUGGGCUUUCAUUUGUUUUUGAAGUGGAGAAGAAACCAAAGUUCUGCAUAGAUGCUCUGAUAUGUUUUCUACUUGGUGUCUUACAAGUCCUGGCUGGGAUUGCAAUCUGUAUCUUUACCCUUGGCACAGCUACUCAGAUUGGUAUGGGCUUCAUUACUGAAGGUAUCAGUGAUAUGAUUUCUGGUGCAGAAGGGAUGAUAAAAGGAACUUUUGAUUGGGCAGAAUGGGCUAUAUCCAAAGCUAUUAGUAUUGCAUUAUCACUAGUUACUGCUGGGUUCACUGUUGUGGCAAAAAUAGCAAAGGCUGUAUUCAAGGUUGGAAAAGAGCUAUUAAAAGGAACACGGAGUCUUGCAUCAGCAGCAAAGAGUAUUGCUAAAUCAAGUAAAGCAAUAAUUACUUCAGCAACCAAGAGUGUAAAAACUGUAGCUUCAAAAGCAUCUGUACAAACAGUAUCUCAAUCUAUUAAAACAUUUGCUAAAAGUGAAACUACUAAAGCAAUAGUAAAAGAAACCCUAAAAUCCACAGGGAAAGAACUAGUCAAACAAGUUGCUUUGAAAGCUUUAGACUAUGCUGUUGACGCAGGGGUUGAAGCUGUUUUUAAGGAAAUAAUAAAGAAUUCCCUCAAAAAGCAAGUCAAUGACUUUGUGAAAGGUAACAAGGAACUAGAAAAAGCUCUUAUCACUUUUAUUGUAGAAAAUGGUGUUCCAGAGUCUACAUUAAAAAGUGAAAAUCCUUCUAAAUACAAAAUCUUCUCAACUAUUGAAAAGCAAACAAAGGAAAUGGUGUCAAAUGCCAGCAAAAGUACAUUUAAUGAGAUUGUUAGUGAAGACCAAACGGCUAGCAAAGUUGUAUCAGGGCUGGGAAAUGCAAGCAAGUUUGUUAUCGCAAUACUAAACGAAAAGAAAGCUAAAGGAAGCUUAAUAAAAGGGAUUCAACUAAGUGUUCAUAUUGCACAAACUUGUACUAAACUUGCUGAUGUGUUAAAUUCUUUACCCACUGGGGAGCUAAUCAAUGGCAAAAUUAUACCUACCUUAAUCACCAACCUUUCAAGUGAAUCUAACUACAAAGAUGAUGAUCGUAGAAAGUUCCCUGAGGUAUUGAGGCUGAAUGAAGAGCUAAAAGAAUCAGUAUCGACUUGUAUGUCUGAUGAGUUUGUUGACUUGAUAGCUUCCAAGUUAACAGGUUUGGUUAAAACUGGAUGGGAAAACCCUUUUAUACAAGAAGCUACUGGCAAACUAAAGAAGAAUGCAGAAGAAUGGCUACAGACAACCCCAAUGAAGAAGUUUUUUGUCUCUUCAAGUCAGACCGAUAAUAAAAGCUCAGAAAAAUCAGAUCAAGGAGAGAACAAUAAAGAAAAGAUCAGCGCAUUUGUAAAAAAAAUACAGGAGAACAAUGACACUGCCAUAGACUUAAAGCUCAAGGUUCUAGCUAAAAGCGAACUGCUCAAUGGCCAAGGCAUUAUACUGACAAUAAUAAAAGAUGGUAACAAGAUAUCUACUGAGAAUUAUUCGACAUCACUGUCAUCAGAAAAAAACAUACAGAUCCAGAUGCAAGAGAGCAAAACCAGUGGGAAGCACAAGUUCAGCCUUGUUAAGUCAGAUGGAACAGUGACACCUGCAACUGAUAAAGGGGAAAUGGGACUGUACCAAGUUGUGAGCCGGGCAAUAAACAAGAAUGAAACAGAUAUAAAGGAAUCAGCGCUGACUUUAAAAAAAGGGGUGGACCUUAAGAUGAACGAGAAUUGGAACGACUUUUUGCCUCUGGUGCACAAAGAAAUGCUGAGACAGGAACUGGCAACCCUGGCAAUAAAUUACAGAAUCGGAGUGGCAUCUGGAUAAAGAGGAAUCACAGCACUCUUAAAGAAUGCAACAAAUAUGUUACCAUAUAUAAAUGCUGAAAGCUUCACAUAAAUGGUGUUGGGUAUAGGAUCUAUUUGUUUCUAUGGGACUGAGUUCACAACUCUAACAUAUUACACAACUCCUUUAGUUUGUGAGUUUCAGAGCUGACAGUUUAUAUUGCAUAUAGCUCUAGGUCGGUUAGAAAAGGGCAGAACCACUAAUGCAUAGAAGCCCUUUAUUGUAUCCAAGACGUUAACAGAACGAUGGGCGCUAAAGAAUCGAGUGCAGACCUGGAUACAUUUCAGUUUAGAAUAGAAGCCUUUUGCAGUAGACAUUUAUUAGUAACAUACUUCUAGUUGUAGCUAUGGGCUUCAUGUAUGAGGCUGUUUAGGCUGCUUUGGAGAUUUUGCAGUGCAGGCUCACUCAUGCCUGAUAACUGCUAUUUAAAGGGACACUGAACCCAAUUUUUUUCUUUUGUGAAUCAGAUAGAGCAUGCAAUUUUAAGCAACUUUCUCAUCUACUCCUAUUAUCAAAUUUUCUUCAUUCUCUUGGUCUGUUUAUUUGAAAAAGCAAGAAUGUACUAAGUUUAGAAGUCGGCCCAUUUUUGGGUUGUCCUUGCUGAUUGGACAGCACCAAUAAAUAGGUGCUGUCCAUGGUACUGAACCAAAAUGUGCUGGCUCCUCAGAUUAGAAGUCUUCUUUUUCAAGUAAAGAUAGCAAGAGAACAAAGAAAAAUUGAUAAUAGAAGUAAAUUAGAAAGUAGUUUAAAAUUGCAUGCUCUAUCUGAAUCAUGAAAGAAAAUUCUUAUGGUUCAUAUCCCUUUAAUUUAUUUGUUUUAAAGUGAUCCAUUUUACCUGCUAGAAUGUUUAAAAUGGUUUACAAAUAGCUCAUUUACCUUUAUUUCUGCAUUUGAAAUAAGUAAUUUUGCUUGGGAUAUAUUUAACUAUACUGAAAGUUUCUAUACUUAAAGGGCCAGUCAACACAGUAGAUUUGCAUAAUCAACAAAUGCAAGAUAACAAGACAAUGCAAUAGCACUUAGUCUAAACUUCAAAUGAUUAGUAGAUUUUUUUUCUGACAAUUUUAAAAGUUGUCUUUUUCCACUCCCCCUGUACCAUGUGACAGCCAUCAACCAAUCACAAAUGCAUACACGUACCAUGUGACAGCCAUCAGCCAUUCACAAAUGCAUACACACUUAUUCUUGCACAUGCUCAGUAGGAGUGGGUGACUCAAAAAGUUUAAAUAUAAAAAGACUGUGCACAUUUAGUUAAUGGAAGUAAAUUGGAAAGUUGUUUAAAAUGGCAUGCUUUAUCUGAAUAAUGAAAGUUUCAUUUUGAUUGAGUGGCCCUUUAAGUAGUGGAUAUAGAAAAGCUAUGUAAACAUAGCCAGUAGAAGAAAUUAAAAUCCAGGGGGAGAUAGGAGGGAAGCAUGAUAAAAUAUUUUCCUAUUGUUCUCUCUAUUGAUAUUUGGUAUACAAUCAGAGAUAAGAUAAAGAAGCAUGUGUGUGUGCAAAAAGUGCUGAAAUUAGAAGAUCUGAUUUCCCUGCAAGCUCAACCUAUUUUGAUGGGUUGUGGUGUCAAAUAAAACCCUAAUCUAUUUCAUAUAUAAAAAUAAACCUAUUUCUCAUACAUGUACGUAUGCUUUGAGCACAGUAAGAUCACUCAUUGAACAGCCAUAAUUUUGCAGUGUUGUUUAAAUCAAUUUUGAUUAAAAAACAAAAACUAUUUAAAACUGAAUUUCACUGGGUAUUUCGUUUUUGAGUUUCACAUCCUUUUAAACUAGAGAAGGCUUAUUACUGCACAUUAACAAUGAAAGUGGGUUUAGAUUGUAUAUUUUAGAUUGUCUUUUUAUUAACUAAUUUGUUUUAGAUCAGGGUAUUUGUAGAUUGAGUUUAAGAGAUACAGUUUUAAGUAAAUGAAACCAAAUUAUUGUCUUUCUCUGGUGACUUUUUUACAUUGUAUUCUAAGCCUUUCUAAUAUGUAAGAAGUUACACGAAUAAACAAAAUGCUUGAAUUACUAAAUAGUAAAAUCUAGUUAAACAAAAAAAAUGUAUAGAAUAGGGAUUAUGUUUUUCAAGGGUACUUUUGAAUGUUUUGAAUUUUUUGUCAUUUUAAAUAAUGAUCAUACUUACUUAUAAAAAUGCAUAUUAAUAAACAUAAUAGUUAUCAUUAAUUAACAAGUUUUGUCAUUUAUAACUGUGAUUAGAGCUAUUUUUAAUAAACUAAAUAAAUUGUGGAA